UCUUCUUAAACUUUUAUCAAAUAUAUGAGCCACACGAGUAUAUGACCUUUGAUUCAAAAGAAAAGGGGAAUAGAAUACUGAACAAAGGAAAAUGACGCAGGUGAUGUGAUCAGUUUUGUCGAAAAAGAAUAUUAGUUGAGAUAUGUUGGUUUCAUACUUUUGAUCUUUUUUUGUUAGUUUAUGUUAUUACUGUAUCUAUUAGACGAUGAAUUACAUUAUGCAUAGAUAAACAAUUAAAUCACUAGUCAUUUUGGCAAUCAUACUUUGAAAAACCACCCCAUCCGCAAUAAGUCAAGUCAUCAUUAAAUUACCACAUCAUGCAUGAUAUCAAAUUUCAUAUAAUAUUAAUAUCUAGUAGUAGCUAGUAGUACUAUAUAAUAAACAUUAAAUAAAUCCCACUAGAUGCAUUCUUAAGAGAAAUCUUCCAAGAAAAAUUCAGACAUAUUAGAUGAGAAAAGAAAAAUCCAAACUAGAAAUCAAUGUUGUGUUGAGUUAGUGCUUACCCUCGCAGUCUCAAUCUCCUUCCCAAAAAGACUUUUCAAACCAAAGAAUGGUGAAACCCUUAGGAGGUAAUGGUCUUCCUCUCUGCAUCUCUCUCUUCGUUUACCAGUAAACAAACAACAAAAACGUAUUUGAAAUAAUAAAUACUAUUGUUUUUUAUUUCUUUUUCUCUCUCUCUCUCUCUCUUAUUGAGUUUUGUUGAUUUCUUUGCUAUAGAAGGAACAAGAGAUGUCUCUAAUGUUGGUUGUAAAUCAGUUGAUCUCCUCCUAGCUUCUCUUGGUGGUCUUGCCGCCGCUGUAGCAGCUGCUUACGCCGGAGAAUUACUCCUUCGACGCCGGAAACUUGAUCAAGGUGCUUCCAUGGGGUAUAAAGAUGUCAAAAUCGCCCCUUUGAUUGAGAGGAAAGACUCAGGUCGACGAUCAAACCUAGAGAGAUUCUCCCACUAUGUUGCAAGGCAGCUCGGAUUUGAGGAUCCAAAUGAAUACCCACAACUAUGCAAAUUAGCAAAUGGAUAUUUGUUGAAAACAAAAGGGUAUGAUGAGAAUGUGGAUGAGUAUUUGGAGAAUGAAGCUGAGCGUGAUUCUCUCUAUGUUCAUCUCCUUGAAGAAUUUGAUAGAUGCAUUCUCACUUAUUUUUCUUUCAAUUGGACCCAAUCUUCCAACCUCAUCUCUCAGGCUUUAAGCGAUGAGUCGGAUCAGAAAGUUCCAAAACUCAAGGAUUUCGUGAUGGCAGCAACAAGGAAACAGAGGUUUGAGAGAGUAACAAAAGAUCUCAAGGUGAAAAGGGUAAUUUCGACAUUAGUAGAAGAGAUGAGAGUCAUUGGGAGCGGAAGCAGUGAGCCACACUGUACGGAAGUAAUGUCUCCGGUGGCUCAUAACAAACGAAGUCCCGUCCUUCUCCUUAUGGGCGGAGGAAUGGGCGCAGGAAAGAGCACCGUCCUCAAAGAUAUCUUCCUAGAGUCGUUUUGGUCGGAGGCACAGGCCGACGCGGUGGUUAUAGAGGCAGACGCGUUUAAGGAGACGGAUGUAAUUUAUAGAGCUCUUAGCUCUAGAGGUCACCACGAUGAUAUGCUUCAAACUGCUGAAUUGGUUCAUCAAUCAUCAACGGAUGCUGCAUCGUCCUUACUAGUAACAGCAUUGAACGACGGACGUGAUGUGAUAAUGGAUGGAACAUUGUCAUGGGAGCCAUUCGUCGAACAAAUGAUCGAAAUGGCAAGAAACGUCCACAAACAAAAAUAUCGAAUGGGCGAAGGCUACAAGGUGUCCGAAGAGGGGACGAUAACCGAAAAAUAUUGGGAAGAAGAAGAAGAAGAAACGAAAGAAAAUGGCAAACAACAAAAUCUGAAACCUUACAGAAUCGAGCUGGUCGGUGUGGUUUGUGACGCUUAUCUUGCCGUAGCAAGAGGCAUACGGAGAGCUCUAAUGGUGAAGAGAGCAGUGAGAGUGAAACCACAAUUGAAUUCACACAAGAGAUUUGCUAAUGCAUUCCCAAAGUAUUGUGAGCUUGUUGAUAACGCUAGGCUUUAUUGCACCAAUGCUGUUGGUGGUCCUCCAAGGCUUAUAGCGUGGAAAGACGGAAAUAGUAAGCUUCUGGUGGAUCCAGAGGAUAUUGAUUGUCUAAAACGGGUCAGCAGUCUCAACCCGGAUGCAGAAUCCAUUUACGAGCUUUAUCCGGAUCCAAGCCAAUUAAGCAAACCCGGUUCUGUUUGGAAUGAUGUUGUGUUAGUUCCAUCGAGGCCCAAGGUCCAGAAGGAACUUAGCGAUGCAAUCAGGAGAAUCGAAAAGGCCCAACCAAAAAAUUGAUGAUAUUUGUGAACUAGACCUUUGAAAUUAUCUUCUUCCUGAAUUUGUCAUUUGUUUCCGUCAGCUUUUUGGUUAAAUAAGUUAAUAAAAUGGUUUUUGUUGUGAGUUGACAUAGCUAGUGGAAUUGAGACCCAUAGUCAUUGGUCACGCACAUCAACCAAGAACAAAUUGCAGUCGAUAAACUAAUAUUUUGAUAACAGUUACGAC